AUGGUGGAGGAGUUGUUCUUCUGGAAUGGAAGCAACCACCCAAACCCACUUCAACAAUUUCAACAUAACUCCAAUCUCCUUCUUCUCUCUGGCCCUCCUUCUUCUGGAAAAACUUCACUUCUCUUCCAAUUCGCAUUCAACGUAGCAGCAGCAGCACUUCACUCCAACUCUUCCAACCCAAAUGUUGUCUUCCUCUGUAAUCAAAACAGAUUGGAUUCCAAACCCCCUUUUCUUUCUCAGGGUAUUGACCCAUCUUCUCAUGUCUUCCAAAGUAUACAAAUCAAAUAUGUGAAUGACGAUGAAGACAUUAGGAAGUACUUUGCUGCCUUCCAUCUGUUUGAUAAAUUGCCUGAUGCAGUUGUUAUUGAUGAUUUCGGAGAUUUCUUCGACAACAAGGUAUGUCAGCAAAGGUAUUCUAAUGCCCGCGGACGGGACCUGGCCAUGAUCAAGAGUCUAGCCUUGUGCCAUAAUGCUAUUAACUAUGCAAAUCAAAAAGGGUCUUGCAAGCUUCUCUUGUCAGAUACUCAUACUCAUCAGGGAGACUCCCCGAGGUUUCACUUCAUCUAUAAGAAAUGGGUACACACCACUUUCACAAUUAAAGAAGGGGAUAUAUCUGGAUCGUUUAUUUUGAAAGUUAGGAGCUAUUCACGUACAGAUAACACAGGUACUGAAGAUAUGAAAGCUGCUAAGUACUCUAUAGCUCUUCAAUAUCUGGUCUUUGAUGGACUUGUCAAUGACUAUGUAGAAUAG